GAUUUCUUUAGGUAUCCCUGGAGACGACGUCAGCGUGCAGUGUUUGCAGUGAGGAAGAGGCGCUAUGUGCUUCCUCUGGUGAUGUUUGUGUUCAGCAGAGAGCGUGUUAAACCAUGGACCUACCGGAGGCGAUCAGAAGACGUUUAGACGACUUUUCUCGGAAUGUGUUAUUCGACCAGACUCAGCCCUUCACUGAAGAGAAUGACACGUUUCUGCCACACGACAAGCGGGUCCUGUCGAGUCUCCACCUCCAGAUGUCUCUGUACUUCAACAUGUGGUUCUUCCCCUUGUGGUGGAUCAGUGAGACUGUAAUGCUGCACCUCAAGUAUCCUGCCCUGCCAGACUACUACAAGUUCAUCCUGGUCACCGUUCUCCUCCUGAUGACUCUGAUAGAGGCCAUUAGACUCUUCCUCGGUUAUGCUGGGAACCUGCAAGAGAAGGUCCCGGAGUUGGCUGGAUUUUGGCUGCUGAGCAUCCUGCUGCAGUUUCCACUGAUCCUGUUUCAGCUCUUCAAUGAAGCCAUCCUCAUUCAACCCCUGGAGAGAGGUGUUCACAUAGUACUCGCCAUAUUUAUACUUACACAGGCCCUCUCUGGUUUUGUGGCGCUCCGGGACAUGGUCAGACACACCGGGAGACAGUUUCAUCUCCGACAGUUUGACUGAAUUCUGAAGCUCUGUCGUCAAAUGAUGCGUGUCUUUUUGUAUUACAUGUGGCACAUUUUAUAUUUCCUCCGCACGAAUGAGUAUUAAAGAAAAAACGUGUGAACAUAUUUAUUUGUAUAUUUUAUUGACAUUAUAUUCCAUGAGAUUGUAUGUUUUUGUAGCAUUGCAAUAAAUGAACUCUAUGAAACCAAGAGGUCCACACGUUUGUCAUCAAUAAAUCUUGUCCGUACCACCAUCAACACUAGCAUUGCUGUAAAUAUUGUGCAAAAAUAAAAAACAAAUUGUAUCAAAAUCGAAGAGGGACUUGUGAUUAAACAUCAAAGAUUGCCAUUUAAAUUGUAAUUUUUUUAAGAGGGUUUCACUACGACACGAGUUUGACCUGCGUCGUGAUAUCUGUGAAUGAGUAUUAAACGUCAUUUGAUCCCAACAUAUCUGUUGAAGGUCUAUCAAAACUCAUAGUCCACUUGAUCCAUCAGAGGACGUUCACAUCACUGGCCAGAGAAUAGAUCGAAUAAUCCCAAUCUGUAGUUCCCAGAUUAUAAAUGGUGCCCUACAGUGGGGCAGACUGUGGCGAUCUUGUGACCACUGCUCUAGUUAUUUGGCUUUCUCUUCCAGAGUAAUAGUGCCUGGUGUCCUUAACCUGAAGCCUACCAAGGGU